AUGCCUUGGUGUUUCCCCUGCGACCGUUCCUUCAUCACGGAGAACGGGUACAACCAGCAUCUCCGAACCAGCGCCGCUCACCGGUACCAAGACGAGAGCUCCGAUGGGGGCUAUGCGAGCUCUGAGCAGUACUCCAGCAGCGAGGAGCUGGGCUGGCAGUGCGACAUCUGCGACCGGGUCUUCGGUUCGGAGCACUCGCGCCAUCAGCAUUACUCGAGCGCGGCCGGCCAUUCGUAUUGCGUCCCGUGCCGGCGGAUCUUCAUGAAUGAGAACAACCUCCGCCAGCAUCUGCACUCCAAGCUCCACAUGGGGGGUUCCAUCGAAUGUCCCUUCUGCAGCCUCUCGUUCACUACCGCGUCGGGUGUGACGAUCCAUCUCGAGUCCGGCGCCUGUACCGUCUCGGGACUCGAUCGCUCCAAGAUCAACCGCAUCGUUCGCCAGCUGGACCGGAACCACGUCAUCACCAAGCCGAUGCUGACCAUGUCUGGCUACGACCGCCCCGAUGCUGUUACGCGCGCCACGGAACGCUCGUGGAAUGGCCGGCACUAUGAAUGCUACCUCUGCGCCAAGCAGUUCGGGACUCUCCAGGGUGUGAAUGCCCACUUGGCCAGCCCGGUUCACGAGCAGAAGAUCUAUCGAUGCCCCAAGGGUAGCUGCGGCAGAGAGUACAAGGCGCUCAGUGGUCUCGUUCAGCAUGUGGAGAGCGAGAUUUGUGGAGUCAUGCGGUUCGCCCAGGUCCAGAAGCAGGCUCGGAGUGGUAUUCAGAACAUGGUCGGUCGCAUGAUCGGUGGUUACUGA